AGCUGUAGUGCUCUUACAUGUGUUCUUUUUGCUCACCUGCUGAACAAAACAAUGGAGAAAGUUCAUUCGUCGUCGUCUUUUUGACUUUUUACGGUCAGGUGAAUGUUUAUGGUUACAGACAGGGACAAUUCAGGAAUGUAUCUUGAAAAUGUGUGAAUUGUGAGAUAGAAGUGAUGUCUGUGGUGACAGUUCAGCUCGGACAGUGCGGUAACCAAGUGGGUCUCGAGCUCUUUGAUGUCAUCUCCAACGACGCACGCGAGGCUCAGAAGAGGACGUACUGCAGCGCGAGCCACGAGCGCUUCUUCCACACAAACACUAAUGGAGAUCUUGAAGCCAGGGCGGUGCUCAUUGAUAUGGAGCCCAAAGUGAUCAACCACAGUAUGACAAAAGCUGUGAAGUCUGGGAAGUGGAAAUACGGGGAAAAGUCCUACUUCAGUCAAAAGCAGGGUUCUGGUAACAACUGGGCCAACGGAUUCUGUGUCCACGGGCCCCAACACAAGGAAACGGUGGAGGAGCUGGUGAGGAGAGAGGUGGAGCGUUGUGAGCGUCUGGCUGGUCUCAUGCCCAUCAUGAGUGUGGCAGGAGGCACUGGGUCAGGCGUGGGCACCUACGUAACACAAUGUCUGAGGGACGCUUUCCCCAAGAGCUUCAUUCUCAACCAUCUCACAUGGCCCUAUGGCACUGGGGAGGUCAUUGUCCAGAACUAUAACUCCGUGCUAACUCUGUCUAAACUCUACCGUCUGUCCGAUGCCAUCCUGGUGCACGAGAAUGACACUGUGCACAGAAUCUGUAGCCAGCUGCUCAACAUCAAGCACAUCACAUUCAGCGACGUGAACCGGGUCAUGGCACAUCAGCUGGGCGGUGUGCUCCAGCCCGCACUCACACCACACUCCUACGGGACCUUCAGCAGAAAUCCUUUAGGUGAAUUGGUGAGCUCUCUGGCCUGCCAUCCUGAGUACAAACUGCUGAGUGUCUGCACAAUCCCUCAAAUGCCCAGUUCAUCUAUCGCUUACAGCACCUUUGCCUGGCCAGGACUGUUGAAGCACCUACGCCAAAUGCUCGUCUCAAAUACUAAGAUGGAGGAAGGAAUAGAUUGGCAGGUUCGCCCUCCAUCAAACUCUGAACGAAGCAGAGGCCUUCCCACCCACAACUUCAACAGAUCUUUAUCCAAUGUUCUCAUACUCCGAGGCAAAGAUGUCUACAGCGCUGAAACAGGUAGUUUUGAAGAACCAGCUCUCUAUACUUCCUGGUUGCCCUCAAAUGCAGCUUUUAACGCGUGGAAGUCACCUGUGUCUUUCAAUAAAUAUGAAAAAUCGGCCACAUUGGUUAGUAAUAGCCAAUCUCUGCUGCAGCCUUUGGAUAACAUAGUUGGAAAAGCCUGGAAUAUGUUUGCCUCCAGUCCAGGCAGUCUCCCAUCCAAAUACUAACCAGACUCGCACUUGUUUGGCUUCAGAGAUAAGACGAGAUUGGACAUUCUCAAGUUGGUAUGGCCGUAAGCAAAAGCAGACACCCCUAAAUCCAUAUUUAUAGAUAGUAGAUGGCAUUUUUUCAUCUAAAUUCCUCUUUUAUUACUAUAUAAAUUGAAAUGAGUCAAAAAGUUAUCAAAUUUGGUAGAUUUUUUUCAUGUGAUACUUUUACUCGAGGAACCUUUUACCUUUGUAUCUGUACUUUUACGAAACAAAAUUGAGUACUUCGACCAUUGCCUUACUUCAUGCUUACUGC